AUGGCAGAAGGGGAGAUACUACAACUGUUUAGCACACGUUUGAUCAAAGGAUCGUCUUCACUUGUCUCUAACCCGUUGUUCUGUGGUGCUAAGAAUGACGAGACUCAUUCACGAUGCCGGCGAAACGUCUGGGAAUGUACCACGUCCACGGAAUCAAAUUCUAUCAAUUGGCUUCGCGAACGGCCAGAGUCUUCUGAGCUAUCUUGUCAUAUCCAGGAAGAUGAUCCAGCUUCUGAGCUGGAUUUAGUCAAUGACUUUGAAGACCUUAUGGAGGAAUCUGAAGAUUUUUCAGCUGACUCAAUUGAUGAAUCACCAAAGUGA